UGUCGGCUCGCGGAUAGCAGAGGAAUUCCGGGUGAUCUUGCCUAACGAGCGGCCUCACAGCGCCACCAGGAAACUGUGCGUGGUUUCUCGAGUCCUUGGAGAGUGAAGGCCCCCGGGGUCGCUCCCGGGCACGGAGAGCCGAUUGGUUCACGGCCUAGUGUUCGGUUUGUCCCCAGUCAGCCCUUGCUGGCCUUGGGUUCAACCGAAUGAACGCCAGAAACUCUGUGGGGUGGGUGGAGUCACCAAGCGUGGUGCAUCCACACGAAUCAGCCUACCGUACUGGGAAAGAGCCACCUGAAUUUGAUUUUUCUGGUGGUCUAGUCUCAGAGAUCACAUCUGUAGUCAGCACAAUGAUUCCUUUCCAAGCCCAGUGGUGCCCAGUUGCCUCCAGGUCCCAGACCUUUAUGUGGACAAGAAAAGCUUACAGAGGAAAUGGUAAUUCUCCACUUGCACCCUGAGGUGUCCAGUUGCAGCCCAUGGAGAUCCAGUUCAAUUAUGAAUCUCAAGAGCAUCACCUUCUGUCAGAUGGUGAGAACAAGACCAAGAUUGGAAAGCCAGCUUCAGAGGAGGGAAUUACAGCAAAAAUUGAACCAUUGACAGAAGAGUCUAGCAGUCUCAGAGAGAAUGUUCUCCAGGAUUCUGAAGGCAGAGAAUUCUGUGAAUUUGGGGAUAAAUUAAAUGAAAAAGAUCAGAACGUCUUUAAAAGGAGACCUCAUAACUGUGACGAAUAUGGGCAAAGCUUUGUUUGGAGUAAAAGCCUUUUUAGGCAUCGAAGAACCCACUAUGAGAAACCUUAUGAAUGUGAUAAGUGUGGAAAGGCCUUUAGUGUGAGCUCAGCCCUGGUUCUGCAUCAGAGAAUUCACACUGGAGAGAAACCUUAUUCCUGUAAUUGGUGUUUUAAAAGUUUCAGUCGGAGCUCAGACCUUAUUAAACACCAAAGAGUCCACACCGGUGAAAAACCUUAUACAUGUGAUGAGUGUGGGAAAGCCUUCAGUCAGAGCUCAGAUCUUAUUAUACAUCAGAGAAUCCAUACAGGAGAAAAACCCUAUCAAUGCAGUCAUUGUAGUAAAAGUUUUAGCCAGCGCUCCGAUCUGAUUAAACAUCAGAGAAUCCAUACUGGAGAGAAGCCUUAUACUUGUAACCAGUGUAACAAACAUUUUAGUCAGAGUUCUGAUGUGAUAAAACAUCAAAGAAUCCACACUGGGGAGAAACCAUAUAAAUGUGAUGUGUGUGGGAAAGCCUUCAGUCAGAGCUCAGAUCUUAUUCUGCAUCAGAGAAUCCACACUGGGGAGAAACCAUAUCCAUGUAAUCAGUGUAGCAAAAGUUUCAGUCAGAAUUCAGACCUUAUUAAACAUCGAAGGAUCCACACUGGAGAGAAGCCCUAUAAAUGUAAUGAAUGUGGGAAAGCUUUUAAUCAGAGCUCAGUCCUUAUUUUACAUCAGAGGAUUCAUACUGGAGAGAAACCCUAUCCCUGUGAUCAAUGUAGCAAAACCUUCAGUAGGCUUUCAGAUCUUAUUAAUCAUCAACGAAUUCACACUGGAGAGAAGCCUUACCCAUGUAAUCAGUGCAAUAAAAUGUUUAGUCGAAGAUCAGAUCUUGUUAAACAUCACAGAAUUCAUACAGGUGAGAAACCCUAUGAAUGUGAUGAAUGUGGGAAAACCUUUAGUCAGAGCUCCAACCUUAUUCUUCAUCAGAGAAUCCACACUGGAGAGAAACCUUAUCCAUGUAGUGAUUGUACUAAAAGCUUUAGUCGCCGUUCAGAUCUUGUUAAGCAUCAAAGAAUACACACUGGAGAGAAACCAUAUGCAUGUAAUCAGUGUGAUAAAAGUUUUAGUCAAAGCUCAGACCUCACUAAACAUCAGAGAGUACACUCUGGUGAAAAGCCUUAUCAUUGCAAUAGUUGUGAGAAAGCCUUCAGUCAGAGUUCUGACCUUAUUCUUCAUCAGAGAAUUCACACUGGAGAAAAACCGUAUCUAUGCACACAGUGCAGCAAAAGUUUCAGUCAGAACUCAGACCUCAUUAAACACCAGAGAAUCCACACUGGGGAAAAACCAUAUAAAUGUAGUGGGUGCAGGAAGGCUUUCAGUCAGUGCUCAGCUCUUAUCCUACACCAGAGAAUCCACACUGGGGAGAAACCAAAUCCAUGUGAUGAGUGUGGCAAAAGCUUUAGUCAGCGUUCUGAUCUCAUUAACCAUCAGAAAAUACACACUGGUGAAAAGCCGUAUAAGUGUGAUGCAUGUGGGAAAGCCUUUAGCACAUGCACAGAUCUUAUUGAACACCAGAAAAUCCAUGCUGGGGAGAAACCCUACCAGUGUGUUCAGUGCAGCAGAAGUUUUAGCCAACUCUCUGAACUUACUGUUCAUGAGGAAGUCGAUUGUGGAGAAGACAGUCAAAAUGUGAUGAAUGUGAGAAAACCUUUAGUGUAUACAUCAACUCUAUUCAGUACCAGAGACACCAUACCAGGAAAAAAAUCUAAUGAAUGCUGUUGAUAUUGAUGAGUAUGAAAAAGGUUUUAAUCAGUGUUCAAGUCUUAUGCUACAUUAAAACCACACUGGAUCCAUGUGUGGUGGCUCAUGCCUGUAAUCCCAACACUUUGGGAGGCAGAGGUGGAAGUAUCAUUUGAGCCCAGGAGUUUGAGGCUGCAGUGAGCUAUGAUCCCACCAUUGCACUCCAACCUGGGCAACAGAGCAAGACCCUAUUUAAAAAAAAACCAGUACCACACGGGAGAAAACAUUAAUUCAGUUUUUAUAAUGAAAGUUUAACUCAGAGCUCAGACAUUACUAAAAUUAAGAAAAAUUCUCCAGCCUGGCCAACAUGGUGAAACCCUGUCUCUACCAAAAAAAUAAAAAAUAAUUAGCUGGGCAUGGUGGCAGGCGCCUGUAGUCCCAGCUAUUCGGGAGGCUGAGGCAUGAGAAUCACUUGAACCUGGGAGGUGGGGGUUGCAGUGAGCCGAGAUCUGCCACUGCAUUCCAGCCUGGGCAACAGAGUGAGACUCUGUCUCAAAAAAAAAAAAAAGAAGAAAAAGAAAAACUCUGAGGAAGAGUCCUGUGAGUUGUGGGAAAACCUUCAAUGUGAAAAACAUUUUUACUGAAUGUCAGUAUACCACAAUAGAAACAUUUCUAUCUUUUCUAUAAUGCUGGAAAAGCUCUAGUCUUAUUCAGACAUAACCUACAGGAAGAGAGUUGUAUUACUGUAAGAGAUCUAAUGCAGAACUUAUCGGAUAUUGUAAAAAUCAGUGUGGGAAGUAUUCAGUCAAAAGUCAGAAGGAAAUGUAUUAUUGUUAUAAUGUCAAACCUUUAGAGAGCUUAAAUUACCAAUUGCAUAUCAAAUUUUUUUCGAUAAUGUAAGGAAAACUUAAAUCCUCUCCAUAUCCUAAUUGGCAUUUAUAAUAAAAUGACACUUAACCUUGACAGCUAGAGUCUUUCUUUAUGCUAAUGCUAGAUAUCUAUUUUUAAAUUCCACGUGUGUAAACAUGCUAUACUAUUCCGAUAUUAAACUUACUAAGUACAUAAUUCCAGUGCCCCCUUUUCUCAGAAGUUUUGUUUUUAGUUUUGGGGGGUAUAGUUUUGGUUUUCCUAGUGCACAUCAGUUUGUGCAAGUUCUUGUAAUGUUCACAGCAAAUAUAGAUUUAUUUUGCUUUGAAUAAUUCAGCCCCUAAACUUUAUUGGUUUGAAAGUUCUUCACUACCAUUUAAUCACAGCUUCUAAACAUGUGAAACAGAAUCUUUAAAAAAAUUUUCCAUAUGUCACAGUGUAGAGAUGUUUCUAGCAGCAUUUAUCUUGUCAUCUAUAGAUUGAACAAAAAGUGGUAGCUGUGAAAUUGUGAUUUAUAAUAAAUUUAUAAUAAAUAUAUAUUUGGUCUUCAUCCCCUG